CGGACGCACAGGGCCUGUAGUUUGAAAGCUCUGAGUGUGUGUGUGUGUGUGCUGGGCCCCUAAAGAAACCAGCCAGCCAGCAGCCACACUGCGAACAAAGUUACAACAUUUUGAAAUAAAUUGAAGGAAUUGCUGAGACAUUUUCUCGGCGCUUUGACACUUUUUUUUUUUGUUUUUGUUUUUUUAAAGGAGGAGGGGGGGGGGGAAGUGAACCAUGCGGUAAAAGGAGCAAGGAAGCCGGGAAGGAUACGCGUGAAGCGGCGGCGGCAGCAGCGGAUUGUGUGUUUUUUUUUCUUGGAAACAGCUUUUUUGUUGUUUGUUUUAUUGUAUGUUUGGACUCUUGACUCGGCGAGGAGAGAAGAAAGUGGCUAACGCGCUAGCUAGGCUAGGCUAGGCUAAGCUAGGCUAGGCUAGGCUAGGCUAGCGGCGUGCUACUUCCUUGUUGAGCGCGAUGGAGGGCGACACGAAGUUUGCGAGAGGGAGACGGAGUUUCAACACUUUGACACUAUCCGGUUGAUGGAUUCACAUGCCAGCAUCGGCUGCUACAUUUCAGGAGGGACAGAGGAGGUAGAAGCAGCGGCGCCUUUUUGUUUUUUUGUGGCGGCCUGGUGCUAAGGAGCUAUCGGAGGCUAGCUGGAGGCUAAACACCGACUACCAGCACAAUGGUUGAGUACCGACCAGCUCUGUAACCAAACGUGACAUCGUGGAGUUUAUAUAAAUGAAAGCUGUUGGCACCGGGUGUCAUGAAUUUAUCACUUUUUUGUGAAAUGAGCUGAGCUAGCUGGCUAAUUAGCCGUCACACACACACACACACACACACACAGCUAGCCCCAAUGUUUUGUUCCACGGCACAGCAAGAAGAGACAUUUAUAUAAGUUAAAUAGUGAUAAAAGGUGUUUUUUCUUUUUUGGGGGGGGGUUUGUUUUGUUGGAUAAAUGCCUAACUCGGAGGUGCUUCGCGACGGUCGGGGUCGGAGCCCCUCCGCGCAGAGGAAUGCUAACCGGCAGGACCGGCGGGGUAAGCCGGGGAGCGGUGCUGCUCAGCGGGAGAGGCACCGCGACAAGAGCCGGUCGUCGGUGUCCAAGAGGAAGAAACGCAGGCAGGCCAAGGAUAGAGACUUGUGGCAUGCCGGUACAACAGGGGGCCCUGAUGGUGAGAGAAGAAGCAACUUUGAAAAAGAGGCUGAACUUCGGACAUUGGUGGAGUAUGAUGACGUGAGCUCCCAGUCUGAGAGGUUUUCUGGGAGCCCCUCUCCCAAACUUGACCCCCACGCUGACAGCAGGCUCUCGGUGGACCGGCUCAGCGACUCAGUCGACUUGGGUGACUACAACGGACCAGCAUCCCCGAGAGAGAGAAGUCACCCAAGAGACCGGGAGGGAGUGUGCGUCGUCGGCAAGGAGGAACAAACAAGAGGACCAUCGGAGAGGAGCAAGCAAGAGAAGGAGCCGGCGAGGAGGAAGGAGCAGCAGCAGCGUCAGAGCCGCGAGAGAGACUCCUCGAAAGCGAGGAGCGGAGGUAGCCUAAGUGGCUCUAAAAAUCACAGAGACACUACAAGGAGCAACGACAAGAACGGCAAGAGGACGUCCACGUCUCAGUCCUCGCAACCGGCGGACAAGCGGGAUUCGAAAAGGCACAGGAGUAAAACAAGAUCCGAGAAAGAGCCUCCGUCUGCGUACAGAGACGCUCCGCAAUCUUACAGAGAUGACCGCGAAGACCUCAGGGCAUACAGGAGAAGUCCUGGUUUCAAAGCAGAAAGUCCCUAUGGGACGUCGUAUUCAUAUAGCUACCAGUCUCCCGGUGGUUAUAACCAGCUAAUAUCUAGAAGAAGUCCAACGUACGGGAGCAAAAGACCCUCUCCCAGUUCCACGUAUUACAGUCGGGACGCAGACGUGUACGGGGCGUACGGUAUGCCGAAGUCGCCCAGUUCGUACUCCAGCAACAAAAGGAAGAGGUCCCCGACGAGCCCGGCGAACUGGCGCAGGUCCCCGAGUUACGGCCGACACAGCCCGUACGAACAAGGAGAGUUUGUGUCGAGUCCGUACGGGAACCGCAGGAGGUCAAGGAGUCCGUACAGGAAGUCCCUGAGCCCAAGUCCAGAUGUCAGGCGAUCUGCUCGGUCACGUAGCAGAAGUCCAUAUUCAUCCUCAAGGCAUUCGCGCUCCCGCAGCCGCCACCGCCACUCGCGCUCCCGCAGUCGCCCCUCUAGCCUCUCCCCGAGCACGCUCACCUUUAAAACCAGCCUCGCCGCCGAACUCAGCAAGCAGAAAAAGGCGAAAGCCGCAGAGGCCGCUGCCAAGGCCAAGAACUCCAGCAACACAUCCACACCAACCAAGGGUUCCUCAGCUGCUCCCCAGCCCAGCCCCAAGUCCAAUCACUCAAUCAGGAAGGGCCGCCCUCCCUCUCCACCACAACCAGAGAAAGGUCCGAGAACUCCUACGUCGAGCCAGCCUCAAUCCCCGUCUGACAAGUCCUCCAAGAGGACCACUGAGCAUCAAACUAGCAGGGACAGAGAUGCAAAGGGGAAAGAUGACUCCAUACAUCGAGAUAAAAGGAAAGCACCAGCAUCUGGACAGAGCAAGGACAAGGAACGAGCCACUGGUCCACUCAUCUCAACCCUACAGUUAUCAUCAUCCCUACAGUUACCCCAAACAGUUCUUGAGCACAUGGACAAAGGAGAAAGCUUGAAGGACGGCUCACUCUCAGGGAAGAAGAAGUCAGAGAGAAAGGCACGCCAGCUUCUUACCGACUUGCCUCUUCCCCCUGAACUUCCUGGUGGCAUGCCUUCCCCGCACAGCCCGCCCGAGGACAAAAAAUCCCAAACGCUUCGCAGAAGACCCAAAAUCUGUGGCCCGAGAUACGGCGAGAUCAAGGAAACUGAGAUCGACUGGGGCAAACGCUGCGUGGACAAGUUUGAGAUCAUUGGGAUCACAGGGGAGGGCACCUACGGCCAGGUGUACAAAGCUAAAGACAAAGACACUGCUGAAAUGGUGGCUUUGAAAAAGGUUCGGCUGGACAAUGAAAAAGAGGGCUUCCCAAUCACAGCCAUCAGAGAGAUUAAGAUUUUGCGACAACUCAACCACAAGAGCAUCAUAAACAUGAAGGAGAUCGUCACCGACAAGGAAGAUGCUCUGGAUUUCAAGAAUGAUAAAGGUGCUUUCUAUCUUGUAUUUGAAUACAUGGACCACGACCUGAUGGGUUUGCUCGAGUCCGGCCUGGUCCACUUCAACGAGAGCCACAUUAAGUCUUUCAUGCGACAGUUGCUGGAAGGCCUGGAUUACUGCCACAAGAAGAACUUCCUGCACAGAGACAUCAAGUGUUCGAACAUUCUGCUCAAUAACAAAGGUCAAAUAAAGCUCGCGGACUUCGGUCUCGCUCGGCUGUAUAACUCCGAAGAGAGUCGUCCGUACACCAAUAAAGUGAUUACACUAUGGUACCGUCCCCCAGAGUUACUUCUGGGAGAAGAGAGGUACACGCCAGCUAUUGAUGUGUGGAGCUGCGGAUGCAUUCUUGGAGAACUGUUCACGAAGAAACCAAUUUUUCAAGCUAAUCAGGAGCUCGCCCAGUUAGAGCUUAUCAGUCGAAUAUGUGGUAGCCCGUGCCCUGCUGUCUGGCCAGAUGUAAUAAAACUUCCCUUCUUCAACACCAUGAAACCAAAGAAACAGUACAGGAGACGGUUACGAGAGGAGUUUGCUUUCAUCCCUCCGUCCGCCCUGGACCUGUUCGACCACAUGUUAAACUUGGACCCCAGCAAACGCUGCACAGCCGAGCAAGCGCUAGGCAGCGAGUUCCUCAAAGACGUGGACCCAGACAAGAUGCCCCCACCGGAUCUACCACUGUGGCAGGACUGUCACGAGCUGUGGAGUAAGAAACGCCGGCGACAGAAGCAGAUACCGGAGGAGCUGGCGGCCCCCAAGGCGCCGCGGAAAGAGCUGGGCCUUGACGACAGCCGCAGCAACACUCCCCAGGGCUUCCCCGCUCCUGGAGGCAUCAAAGCUCAGAACGCAGCCGCUUCAGCGCUGCUGGACCCAAAGGGUCCAAACUCUCAGUUAACCCAGGAGCAGCUGGCGGUGCUCCUCAACUUCCUCGGCCAGCCCAAGAGCGCAGUCAACACAGCCCAGUUUGUCCAGUCCAUGAGCACAAAGGUCAAUCAGGAAACAUUACAGCAGCUCUCCAAAGCCCUCGCUCCCACCGACCCAGCAGAGCCUCCUCCUCCCCCUCCUCCUGCACCUACAACCGCCAAGCCUCCGCAGCCCGCUGCUCCCGCCGGAGUGCCCCGCACACCCCCGAUGCCCAAGCCUCCCUCGCCGCCCAUGUCUGCGCCGUCGGGUAUCCCAGAAGGAGAGGCCGCAGCUGCGACGCAGACCGCCAUGACGAUGCUGCUGGCUCAGCUCCUCCAGGCCCAGCAGGGUCAGAGGCAGGAGACGAGCGACAGCGGGGAAGGGACGGAGAGCACCAACCCCGCAGGAGGAGCACCGGGGGCGCAGCUUCUACCUCCAGAGGUCAAACAGCCUCCAGAGCCCAGCCCAGUGUCUCCAGUGUCUGAAGUUGGAGUGUCCAUCCUGCCCCCAGACCAGAGACCGCCUGAGCCCCCAGAGCCACCUCCACAUGCUGACCUGGACUACCGCCAGCCACCACCCGAACCCAAGACUGGCCACGCUCCCCCUAUUGCAUCUGCAGGUGGAGGCGAUGGAGGGAGACCCCCAGAGCCAGACUACCCACCUCUCCCCACUGCAGAGGGGCCCGGUUACGGCGGAGACUACAGCCACCCGCCUCCUCCGCCGUUCACCCCCGCAGGGUUCGGGGACGGCUACAUGGGUCACAUGUUAGGCGGAGGCCUGCCACCUCACGCUCUGAGAGAAGUGUUCAGCGGACCAGGCCAGGCUGCCGGCUCGUCGUCUGCGGCGGGCGUCCUGGCCCCGGCCCACCCGGACCCCUUCCCUCCAGGCCCCGGAGCCACCGGACCCAGCAGCAUGGUGUUCACUGGAGACAAGGACCACCGUUUCAAGUACAAUCACAGCCCCUUACCUGUGGAGGGACAGCCUAACCCCAGCGCGAUCCACCUGUACAACCACGCCAUGGCUAGAAAGGAUGGUGUACCUCCUCCCCCACCCAUCCCGGCACCAGGACAACCCUGGGGCUCCCCUUCCCAAGUCGGGGCUCCACCACUACCCCUCGGUUUUGUCCCACACGUGAACUCGACAGCAACAAUCAGAGGACGCGGCCUGCCUUUCUGAAAAAGACUGGAAAUGUGAACUUGAAAAGUUUUGACAAUGGACAAAAGGCCGGAGGACUCAGCUUUGGAGCCUGAAGCGUCUCAGGCCAGACCAGACGGAUCUGGAGAUGCACACUCAGUUUGUAAUAACUUAAAUCUGUGUAAGGCAUUGUAUUCCUCCUCAGUCUGGAAUGUGGAGUAUGUCGCAGAAGGACAGCUGAAUAACACCGGAGGAGCUUUUCUUGCUCAUACCAUUUUCAUAUUUUUUUGUAAUCUAUUCUGCUGUCUUUUAAAUUAAACUUUUACCUUUUUUGUGUGUACAUUUAUCAGGCCGGGUAAAAUUUUAAAAACCUCUACCUUUAGCCUGUCUGUAAUUGCUCCAGAGCAAACUAGUAUUAAUGUUUUGCACUACUGACUGAAGUAGGCGGAAACUAUUUUAGCAAUGAAAGGAAAUGGAUGAUGUGCUUUAUCUGCACAAUUAGGAAUAUGACCAGUAAUGUAGUGUUUUUGUUUUUUUUUCAAUGGCCAUGAUUAUGUUGAAACAAUGAUGGCUCGGUUGAAUGGGUUGAUGGCUUAGGUAUCAGCACAGGGAGCGAUGAGGUAAAAAAAAACAAAGACUGUUAGUUCCAGAGAGACUGGUAGCACUUGGACGACUGCAGCAAAUCACGCAGAAAGGCUGUUUUCACUUUAAAUUCCACAUGCCUUUUUGCCAGUAGGUCAUGAGCGAAAGCAACAACAACAAAAAAAAAAAA